AUGCCGCCUGCCUCGCCCUUCGCGCUCGGGGUUGCCACCGUCGGCACAUUGGGCCACGAGGCCACGUAUCAUUCUCAUCUACCAACGCAGCCACACCAUCCUCUCCCCCCUCCCCCUGGCCUUGUUUGCCUUUACCCUUGCCCUUCUUCCCUUCCCCUUGCCCUUCCCCUUGGCCUUCCCCUUGCCUUUGGUCUUCCCCUUGCCCUUCCCCUUGCCCUUCCCCUUGGCCUUCCCCUUGCCCUUCCCCUUGCCCUUCCCCUUGGCCUUCCCCUUGCCCUUCCCCUAGCCCUUCCCCUUCGCCUUCCCCUUGACCUUUCUCAGGUGCGAGAGGGCUUGUGGUCCCAGUUGCAGUAA